AUCCUCAUAUAGAAUAUAUAAGGAAGGAAUAAAACCCAAUGAUUAUUAUUUAACAUAAUGCGUGCGCGGUAAGUCCGAGCGCGAAGAGAGACGGUGAGUGAGAGAGAGUGAGUGAGUGAGAGAGAGUAGGAGAGAGAAAGACGCGGACGUCAUACGCACGGCAAUUGAGUUUGCGGUCCGCGUUGAGGGGCGGACCGGUGACGGACCAGUGGAUGGAGGGGGAGCGCGACCUAGGAGGAGGAGGCAACGAGCGCGGCGGCAAUUCAAUCGGCGCGUAUGCCAACGCGGUCGCGUCGUACUACUACUACUACGCGACCACUACGACUACUCUGUGCAACUGGUACCGAAACAGCGCCGGGGUAGUCGCACGCUAAACACGCGUCCGGUAGGUGCGAACACGCUCAAGUACAGUCGUCGGCCGAUUUAUUUCGCGGUUUUUGUUGUUGUUUUUUUUUUUUUUUUAAUUUUUUUUUAUUGUUUUUCCUUUUUCGAAGUACAUAUUUCGCGUACGUACCGCUUACUGUUCGUACGUACGUGUUUUUAAAGAAAAAAAAAAUUUAUUAUAUCUGUGCGCUGUGUUAACGAGGUAUUUGCCUAGCGUUGUUUUUAGCGAAAUCACAUCUCGGCCGGUGGUAAAAGUUUCAUAAAGAAAAAUUGUCUCCGUCCACUGCCACGCGUGUAGUCUUUCCGUGCGUAGUUCCGUCGUCGUCAUCGUUGCAUUGAUAUAGUUCGCUUGUAAAAAUAAAAAUAAAACACUAUAUAUAUUGUUACGCUCGCACACAUGACGAACACGACGAUGAUCGUUUCGAUUUUCGCAGUCGUCUGUCACUCGGCCCCCGCAAACAUCACGUUCUUGCGGUGACAUUACAGCAUAGAGUCGCGCACGCACACCAUCGUCGUCAACAAGUGGUCGCCGACGGCGUUUCUCUCGCGGCCAGAAAUCCGUAAGUGUUGCGCGCUCGGGGCGCAUCGUACGCUCAUCACGCGCCCACCGUCGCUUGUACAUCGCACGUCUGACAUCGCGUAGUACACGCACACACGAUCCCUGUAACGACCGACGCGGUCGUUGUACGAUAAUCGCUAUCGACAUGAACUCGCCGCAGAUGUAUGACUCGGCGCCGCAGCCGCACGCCCAUCAACCGCACCACCAGCUCAGCCAACAGGAACUGGCCAUGGCCGCGAAGAAAGCGCAGCUCGGGCAGCUCAAGAACAGGUACGACAUAUCGGAACUGUCCACGCCCGAGAUAUCGCUCGACCUGCAGAACCUCAUCGACGACAGUCAGUUCAGCGAAGGACUGUUCACGGAGAUCCUGCAGCAGGGCCAAGUCAAGUUGCCCAACGGCACCGGUGGUGGUAACGGCCGCAACGGCGUGUCCCAAAACGGUUUCAACUCGCGCACUACGCUGGCGUACAUGCCGCAGCCCGUGCAUUACGAGAGCACGCCGGCAACCGCGGGUGGCCCCAUCAAGGAGGAACCACCAGAGUCCGUGGAGUUCAGGAACCAGCAGCAACAGCAACAGCAGCAGCAGCAGCAGCAGCAACAGCAGCAGUACCUUAGCAAUGGUCAGGGUGGCGCGUUCCAGACGUCUCCCGUGUCCAACGGCGGCGGUGGCGGUCCUCACUUAAAGGCCCAUCACAACCACCACCGGAAGUCGAGUUCCGGGUCGAACAAAUCGGUGGAUAAGAACACGGACGAGUACAAGAGGAGACGUGAACGGAACAACAUAGCGGUGCGCAAGAGCCGGGAAAAGGCGAAGAUCCGCAGUCGCGAGACAGAGGAGAAAGUCAAGCUGUUGGUCAAAGAGAACGAGCGGCUGCAGAAGAGGAUAGAACUGCUCAGCGAGGAACUAAACGUGCUCCGUUCGCUGUUCACCAACGUGGGCGUUCUGCCCGAGCACCUGCACAGGGAGCUCAACAAACACUUUGACGCCUAUCCACACUUGCAGUGAAUCGUGCGUUUGGUUUCGAGAAAUUGGCAUCAACGGAAUUCGGUUCAAUAUCAUCUCCUCUCUCACCUUUUUUGGUAUUAGACAGGGUCGUUUUCCGACCUGUUUUUUAUUAUUAUAAUUAUUAUUAUUAUUAUUUAGAAUGUUAUCAUUGUUAUUGUUCGUAAAAUUCGUUUAUUUAAAUGUCUCGUCGGGAGCUCACGUAUAAAUAAUAUGACAUAAUAUAUUAAAUAUUAAUAUAAUCCUAUUUACUAUGUGCGUUUUGUACAUUGUACAUUAAUGUGUUAGAUAAUGAUACAAAAUUACAAAUAUUAACUGCGCUCAAACGCCAAGCUAUACUACUUAACGAAUAAAUUAUAAUAAUAUAUUAUUUUUGUUUACGUAUCAUUUUUUCGAGUUACAUUUACCAUCAAUAUAGCAUUGAAAAUUGCCGAUUUUACACGAGUCCUCUUGACAAUAUAUAUUUUUAUAAGUCAUAUAUAGAUUAGUUGGAAAAAAAACUAUUUAUUUGUUUUUCUACUCGUACAAAA